GGUUUUUGCGCAGAGUCUGUUAACCGCAAUCAUCUUCUCUGUCUCUAUCUCUACCUCUGGUUUUCGAUUCUUCGUUUCGAAGUUUUUUUUUUUUUUCCCUUUCUUCUUCAAGAGGUCCUUUUUAAGAUCUCGCUCAUGGUUAGUAUCAGCUUGGCGUUUGAAUUUGCCUCUUUAGGUAAGUUUCCUUUUCUUCUUCUCUUUCCUUAUCUCUUCUUAAUAAGGGUUUUCACAAUCUCUCUGUUUUCUUCAGAAAAAGAUUGAAUCUUUAUUGAAAACCCAAAGUGAUGAAAUUGAAAUUCAUGAUCUGGGUAUUAUAGAUUGCAGAUUCUGGAAACGUAUUAUGUUAAUGAUUCAUUUCAAGUUUUGAUUUUUUGUGUUGGAUUGAAGAGAAGAAUAGUUUAUUGAUGUUUUGUGAAGAAGAAGAAGAAGAGAUUUUGAUUUUGGUUUAAUAUAUAGUUGGGGAUUAACAGGAUGGGAAGGGUAAAAUUGAAGAUAAAGAAGUUAGAGAACACAAAUGGACGCCAAUCUACAUUUGCUAAAAGGAAAAAUGGGAUCUUGAAAAAGGCUAAUGAGCUAUCUAUUCUUUGUGACAUUGAUAUUGUUCUUCUUAUGUUCUCUCCUACUGGCAAGGCUGCAAUAUGUUGCGGUACACGAAGUAGCAUGGAAGAGGUGAUUGCUAAGUUUUCUCAAGUAACACCGCAGGAAAGAACGAAAAGGUUUGGUGUUUUCUUAUCGAUAUGUUUUUGUUUGUUUCUCCGGCAAUGGUUGGUCUUGUUUUACUCAUUGGUUUCAUCUUUUUUGAAUACAGGAAGUUCGAGAGUCUUGAAAACUUGAAGAAAACUUUCCAAAAGUUGGAUCACGAUGUAAAUAUACGCGAAUUUAUAGCCUCAAGUAAUUCAACAGUAGAGGACUUGAGUACUCAAGCAAGGAUUCUGCAGGCUCGGAUUUCUGAGAUACAUGGAAGAUUAAGUUAUUGGACGGAACCAGAUAAGAUUAACAAUGUUGAACACUUGGGACAGCUCGAAAUUUCGAUUAGGCAAUCCCUUGAUCAAUUGCGUGCACACAAGGAACAUUUUGGGCAGCAGCAACAGGCAAUGCAAAUAGAAAACGCAAACUUUGUUAAGGAUUGGUCAACAUGCUCGAUGCAAGAUGGGAUUCAGAUUCCUUUAGAACAACAGCUUCAAUCUAUGUCAUGGAUUCUUAAUAGCAACACCACCAACAUUGUCACCGAGGAACACAAUUCAAUCCCGCAGAGGGAAGUCGAGUGCUCAGCGAGUUCUUCAUUCGGGAGCUAUCCAGGCUACUUUGGAACAGGGAAAUCUCCUGAAAUGACAAUUCCGGGUCAAGAAACAAGCUUUCUUGAUGAACUAAACACCGGACAGCUGAAACAGGACACAAGCUCGCAGCAGCAGUUCACUAAUAAUAAUAAUAUCACAGCAUACAAUCCCAAUCUUCACAAUGAUAUGAAUCAUCACCAAACGUUGCCUCCUCCUCCUCUUCCUCUUACUCUUCCGCAUGCUCAGGUGUAUAUUCCAAUGAAUCAGAGAGAGUAUCAUAUGAAUGGAUUCUUUGAAGCACCACCACCUGAUUCUUCUGCUUACAACGACAACACCAACCAAACCAGGUUUGGUUCUAGCAGCAGCUCCUUGCCUUGCUCAAUCUCAAUGUUCGACGAAUACUUGUUUUCCCAGAUGCAGCAGCCGAACUGAGAGAGAUUUGAUGAAUGAUGAUAAAACAUCUCACUGAAGAAACUCAAACCAAUAUUUUUUUUCAGAAACAGCAAGAAAGCUAAAACUCUGCCGAUUUCUGAAUUGGUUCCAAGAAGAAAAAAACCAGUGGUAAUCCCUGGUAGAUUGUGCAACCAAACCACACACAAUACGUGUUCAUUUAUUUUUUCUAUAUCUUCAAUAGAUGUCACUUAAUUCUUUUCUAUACAUAAUUUCUCAGUCAGAUGAGAUUUUUUGAGGUUUUCCAUAUUUCUCCGGCGAUAAAAGUUAGUAGUGUCUUUGGAGGGCUGUCAAAGUAACGCCAUGACAGCCAAAAGAUGAGAAACUCUCUCUUCCUUCCCUUCCCACAAACUCUAGCCUCUGUAUCUAUUCUUUUUCAUUCUUUCAAUGUAAAACAAACAAACAAAACAAUGUUUACUACAUUUUUGUUUUUGUUUUUGUCUUCAAAGUACUCUUGUUUAUUAAGUGAUUUAUACAAAAGUUUACAAGUUA